CCCUACUCUAGGUCGCCUCCACUUCAAUUUGUUGUAUGCUAUUUUGAUUAUUUUAGAUGGGCUUCCAAGUCUUUUCCGCUUCGCCGGCCAGUAAAUGGAUUGGCUUUGUCACCGCCGUCUGGGUCCAGGCCAUCUCCGGCAACAACUACACCUUCUCCAACUACUCCGACGCCCUCAAAAAUCUCAUGGCCCUAACUCAGCUCCAGCUCAACAAUCUCUCCGUCGCAAAAGACGUCGGAAAAGCUUUCGGCCUCCUCGCCGGCAUCGCUUCCGACCGACUAUCCACUCCCGUCAUUCUCCUCAUCGGUUCCGUCGAAGGCUUCAUCGGCUACGGCGUCCAGUGGCUCGUCGUCAGCCGCCGCAUCCAGCCGCUGCCGUACUGGGUCAUGUGCAUAUUCCUCUGUAUGGGCGGGAACAGCACCACCUGGAUGAAUACCGCCAUUCUCGUCACCUGCAUCCGGAAUUUCCGGAAAAACAGGGGCCCUGUUUCCGGGAUUUUGAAAGGGUACGUCGGUUUGAGCACCGCCAUCUUCACCGAUAUCUGCUCCGCCCUGUUCGCCGACGACCCGGCGAAAUUCCUGUUCAUGCUCGCCACAAUACCGUUCGUGAUUUGCAUCGCCGCCAUAUUCCUCCUCCGCGAAAUCCCGCCGUCGGCCACCGCGGAAGAAGAGAAGGACGAAGUGAAGUACUUCGGGGUAGUCAACGUCAUCGCAAUCGUGAUCGCGGUCUACCUCCUGGCAUUCGACGUAACAGGGCCACACGGUCGCGUGUUCUCCAAAUUCUUCGCCGCCGUUCUUCUGGUUCUCCUGGCUUCGCCUCUGUCAAUUCCGAUUUACAUUAAAGUAAAAAGCUGGGUCCGACCCGAUUUAAGAAUCGCCGUCACCGACGAGGAAACGGACACCGCCUGCGAGCCUCUACUGGUCGCAGAGGAAGUUGCGCCGGUGGAGAGGAGCGGCGAUACGGUAACGCCGGAGGCAGAGGAAGAGGUGAAGGCGGAGAAGAAGUUUCCGGUGAUCGGAGAAGACCAUACGAUAUUUGAGGCGAUUAAAACGGUGGACUUCUGGAUCUUGUUCGUGUCGUUUCUGUGCGGAGUAGGGACGGGUUUAGCGGUGAUGAAUAAUAUGGGGCAGGUGGGGUUGGCUCUGGGCUACGCCGACGUCUCCAUCUUCGUGUCGCUGACCAGCAUUUGGGGAUUUUUCGGGCGGAUCCUCUCCGGUUCCGUCUCCGAAUACUUCAUCAAAAAAGGUGGGACACCCAGGCCAGUAUGGAAUGCAGCUUCUCAGAUUCUAAUGGCAGUAGGGUACAUAACAUUGGCCAUGGCACUGCCCGGCUCUCUCUACAUUGGAUCCAUAGUUGUCGGAAUCUGCUACGGUGUCCGUCUCGCCAUCACCGUCCCGACCGCCUCUGAGCUCUUCGGUCUGAAAUACUACGGCCUCAUCUACAAUGUUCUCAUUCUCAACCUCCCGCUCGGAUCUUUCCUCUUCUCCGGUUUGCUUGCUGGCUUAUUGUACGAUGCUGAGGCUACCCAGACGGAAGGUGGCGGCAACACGUGUAUAGGCACACAUUGCUACAGGAUGGUGUUUAUAGUGAUGACCGUUGCGUGUAUAGUUGGUUUUGGACUCGAUGUCCUGCUUUCUCUUCGGACCAGACGCUUGUAUUCACGGAUAUAUACCACCAGGAGAACUAAGAAGACGAUUGCCGCUACAUUGUCUUAAGUAGUUCUUUUUCCCUCUGUGAGAAGCUUGGAUUAUUGGAUAUUUAAUUCUUUUUUGAAGGCAUUAGUGCUAGUAUAGUAAAAUAAGUUGGGCUUAGUUGAUAAGCCGGAGAUGACGCUUAUGAACAAGCUCAUCUCAUUCAUGUAUUAUUUUCAGUUCAUUUAUGUCAUCCUCUUUUGCAGAGUAAACAAAAUUUCAGGUAAACUUAUUUCAGUUUGUCCUGAACGACUUGUUUCAGUUCCCAAAUCAGAUCUAAACUUAUCA